AUGUAUAACCCGAUUUCAUUGUCGGGUAAUCCUGACUCAGGGACUCCCCUAUCAAUAGAAAAUAAUAAUUCAAAUGGUAACACCACUACAAAUACUCCAACCGCUUCUCCACCGCCAUUUGACUCAAAUAACAAUCUAAGUAAUAGCAGUAGCGCAUUGGCCGCGUUUGGUAUACAGCCACUUGCUAACAGCAAUCCCACAAGAUCAAGUGCCGGACUAAACUCCCUUUUAAGUUCAUUUGGAAUUAGACAGAAUAGCAAUGCUGUAGAUACAAAUCCAUUUCGUAACAACGGCACUAACAAUGCUAAUCUCUUGAAUUUGAACACUACUAGUACUGUCGUCGAUUCAGUCACUCACAAUAAUACGCCUCUACCAAUAACUCUCUCUUUGACUGCCAAUCAACAAAAUUCAAAUAAUCUCAUCAAUAAUGCAAUAACAAACCAUAUCAGCAAUAUGACAAAUUAUGAAAAUAAUGAACAACUUUAUAAUGAGCCUUCAACAAAUUUGAAAAAUUUACGUCAUUGGAUUUAUGGGCCUGAUCAGUUAUCUAAUAAUAAUAAUAAUAACAAUACUAAUAACAAUAAUAAUAUCACUUUGCAUCUUGAUUUACCAGAAGAUACCGUUUUACCGUCAUCUAUAGAUAAUGCAACUCUAAGACAAAGAAAGGAUAAAAGCGGCAUGUUCAGUAUUAGAUUGACCCCAUUUAUAGACACCUCACAACAAUCAACUAAUAAUCAGGGCCUCUUUUUCGAUCCAAUCAUAAGAACUGCAGGUCCAGGUUCUCAAUUAGUUAUAGGUCGCUACACCGAAAGAGUACGUGAGGCAAUCUCAAAACUACCUGACCAAUAUCAUCCCGUCGUCUUCAAAUCAAAAGUCAUUUCAAGAACGCACGGCUGUUUUAAAGUAGAUUCUCAAGGUAAUUGGUUUAUUCAAGACGUAAAAUCAUCAAGUGGUACCUUUUUAAAUCAUCAACGGCUCUCUCCUGCAUCCACUUUAUCAAAAGAUUAUUUGUUACAUGAUGGUGAUAUCUUACAAUUAGGUAUGGAUUUUAGAGGCGGUACUGAAGAAAUUUAUAGAUGUGUUAGAAUGAGGGUAGAACUUAAUAAAUCAUGGAAACGUAAAGCAAACAAAUUCAACAAAGAAGCCGUUAAAAGACUUAAAUUAUUGACAAAUUUGAUGAAUGAAAAUGGUAUGGAUCAAGAAGACUGUUCCAUUUGUUUGUCCAAAAUAAAACCAUGUCAAGCAAUUUUUAUCUCUCCUUGUUCUCAUAGCUGGCAUUUUCAUUGUAUCAGAAGACUAGUAAUGGUGUCUUAUCCGCAAUUUGUUUGUCCCAAUUGCAGAGCUUCUUGUGAUUUAGAAGCUACUUUAGAAAGUGAAGACGGAGAAGAAGAUUCCGAUUAUUUACAAGAGGAAGAUCAGUUUGAUAAUAACGAUGAUAAUGAUGAUAAUAACAACAACAAUAAUGAUAAUGAGGUUUUGCAUCAACUGGGUGUAACAUUAGAAGAUCCAAAGAAUGAUAUUGAUAUGGAAUAA